AUGUUAUCUAUCCUAUAUAUCAUCAAUCGCUAUCUAUCUAGAUGUCGUCAUCCGUUAUUUAUCUUACAUAUCCCCAACCCUUAUCUAUCCUACAUAUCCUCAUCCAUUAUUAAUCCUACAUAUUCUUAUGCGUUAUCUUUCAUACAUAUCCUCAAACAUUAUAUAUCCUACAUACCACCAACCACUAUAUAUCCUACACAUCGUCAUCCGUUAUUUAUCAUACAUAUUUUAUGCGUUAUCUAUCCUACAUAUCCUCAACCAUUAUAUAGCCUUCAUAUCCUCAUCCGUUAUCUACCCUAUAUAUCUUCAUACGUUAUCUAUCCUAUAUAUCAUCUAUCAUUAUCCAUCCUACAUAUCCUCAGACGUUAUCCAUCCUACAUAUCCUCAGCCGUUAUCUAUCCUACAUAUCCUCAGCCGUUAUCUAUCUUACAUAUCUUCCACCGUUGUCUAUCAUGCAUAUCGCCAUCCGUUAUUUAUCGUACAUAA